CUUAUGGCCGCAGCACCCACGGCGGCCUCCUCGGCGUGCGACCCCCGGCUCGGCGGCGUCUUUGCUCCCGCGCAGGAUGCGGCUGCUGCUGGCGCUCCUGGCCCUCGCCGCCUCCCGGCCCUUGGCCCGCGCAGAGUCACACUGGUGCUACGCGGUUCAAGCCAAGGACUCCAAAAACUGCGUGGCGCCGGACCAGUGGGGUGGGCAAUGCCAGAAGGACCGCCAGUCCCCCAUCAACAUCGUCACCGCCAAGGCACGGGUGGAUGAAAACCUGGGACCCUUCUCCUUCUCCGGCUAUGACAAGAAGCAGAAGUGGACUCUGCAAAACAAUGGGCACUCAGUGAUGGCGUCGCUGGGGGACGGGGCCACAGUCGCUGGAGGAGGCCUGGCCUCCCCAUACCGGGCCAAGCAGCUGCACCUGCACUGGUCCAGGGUGCUGGAUGCAGGCUCGGAGCACAGCCUGGACGGGGAUCGCUUUGCCAUGGAGAUGCACAUAGUCCACGAGAAAGAGAACAAGAACGAGGCCCAGGACCCCAAAGACGAGAUUGCAGUGCUGGCCUUCCUGGUGGAGGCUGGAUCCAAGAAUGAGGGCUUCCAGCCGCUGGUGGAGGCCUUGUCUGCUAUUCCCAAACCCAUGAUGAGCACCACAAUGACGAAGAGCAUCAGCCUGUUUGACCUGCUCCCUAAGCAGGAGAAACUGAGGCACUACUACCGCUACCUGGGCUCGCUCACCACGCCGGGCUGCGAGGAGAAGGUUGUCUGGACUGUGUUUGCGGAGCCCAUUCACCUCCACGUGGACCAGAUCCUUGCAUUCUCUGAGAAGCUGUACUAUGACAGUGAGCAGACACAGAAGAUGACGGACAACGUCAGGCCCCUGCAGCCCCGGGGGCAGCGCCCGGUGUUCAGGUCCCAGGCCCCCGGCCGACUGCUGCCCUUGCCGCUGCCCGCCCUGCUGGCCCCCACACUCACCUGCCUGGUGGCUGGCUUCCUUCGAUGAUGGCUCACCUCGGGACACUUGACCUCUGCCCUCUGCCCUCAGAGGGCUUGGGCCUCCCUUCCUCUGCCUCCCAGAUUGGACUUGGAUGAUGAUUGAAAGAAAUAUAGAUAUAUUUUUAGAGAAACCUUUCUCAGGCCUGUUUUGAGCUCCCACAACUACCCCUGCCCCGUUCCCCUCAACCUACCCCUGUUCCCUGGAGAUGCCUUCGGAGCAGGGACCACGUGGGUGUGAACUCCCUGUCUACACCCCACGUGGAGAGAUGCGAAGGCACCCGGGAGCUCCAGCACAGUGAAAGCACAGAGGCCACGCAGAGCCCACGGAGACCCCAGCCAGCGCCCUCUCCUCUGUGCUGGGCGCAGUGGGCGACAAGAGUUCAUUUAUUUUCCGAAAUACUUCUUGAGUGUCUAUGUUCUGAACACUGGGGAUGUGGCAGGGAAUGAGACAGACGAAAACGCCUGCCCUCCUGGAGUUCCCAUCAAUAAAACAGACACGGUGUA